CGAGUCAACCACUCACUCUAUCGCUACAAAAUGCAUAUAACCCGCAACAUCAAGGGCUCUUCUGAGCUGAAAGUCCACGCCUGUUGACGCACCAAUAUACCUAAAUGAAUACGUCCGAAACGUACUGGAGUGUAACCAGUAUCAAGGAACUGGAGACUGAAGCCACAGCCGAGCUUCCACGUCGUGGUGAUGACGCAGGCCCCCCGGCACGAUCAGAAGGCAGCGGCAAAGAUGGAUGUCAGUCGAUAUAAACGUGCUACUGGGCAGAGGGCCAGCAUCAACGUCCGUUUCGUAUCAGACAGACCUGAACCAUCGUUACUCAUGGCCCUAGCGGGUCCAACCCUUGGAUUACCCCUCGAGGUCCUUUGCAAAGUCUUCCACCAUUGCCAACCAGACGAAGAAGAUACCGCAUCUCCCAAGGAUUCUUCCUGGCGCAUGCACCCCGAUGUCGCACCACUCCUCCUUCUUCGCGUCUGUCGCACAUGGAGAACGGUCGUCACAUCAACACCAGAGCUCUGGUCUUGUCUCUACCUCCCUAUCCUCCACCUUCCCUUCGACAAUACUCUUCUCUUCGAACGCCGUGCCAUCGUCCAUGAAAGUUUCAUCAAAGCCCUCAAUACUUGGCUUUCACUCUCCAAAUUCGCACCCCUAUCAUUCGACUUCGCCACGGACAAUUCACCAUUUCUUGCUACGACUAUUUGCCCCUCUCUUGGUGCCCUCGUGUUUCAAGCCUCCCGCUGGCAACGCGUCAGAAUCACAGUCCACAACUUCUGUGCCGAGCGCGUCGGCCAUACCAUCCUCCACUACCCCUUCAAGCCGCUCGAACUCCCACUCCUCGAGAGUUUCACGUACCAGCAGUACGCACAUACUGAUGUACGGGCCUUCGCAGCUCCGGACGAUACGACAGACAACCUCACUGCGCUUUUGUUCGGGUUGGCAAAUUGCGAGAGGCUCAGGAAGGUGCGCAUACGACUGCCGCCGAGGGGGUACUGGAAUUGGGCAAGAUUGGUGCUACCUUGGGAACGUCUCGCGCAUCUUGACCUAGGUCAAGCGUACACCCACCCGCAGACCGAGGCGCUCGAUCUUCCCGUAUUCAUGCAUAAUCUAUCACAAUGCCAGAACCUGGUCUCACUCGUCCUCGACAUGCCACCUCAAUCUCGCACGCCGCUCGGUGACGAUCCUUCCGCGUCUGAUGAUCUCUCCGUAUCGCCUUCUACGUUCACGCUCCCACAUCUGCAUCGACUCUCCAUUCUGCAAAUAACCGAACCUGCCGUCCAGACCGCCCAAAUUCUCCUCUCCUCCAUCAUCGCGCCACACCUCCGCGAACUCCGUUGCACAUUCCACCCAGACGUUUCGGAGGCGUACGACCGAGCCCUCGACAAACCUAUGACUCAACUUGUUGACCAUUGUGCCAAGGAGCUUCGAGUGUUCGAGGUCACUCAUGGGUUGGGCGACUCGGUUUUGAUGAAGAUACUGAAUAACCUCAGCGGUUUGGAGUUGUUGGUGCUCGGCUCGGGCGAAAACUUGUACCUCUAUCCUCAAACGCUCAGAUCCCUCAUCUUACAUUUUGACUCCGGCGACGUCCCCUGCAAGUGUGGAACUCCCAAACGACGUUUUGUAGGCGGUUCGUGCCCACGGCUCCGGCGUCUGACGAUCAAUGCUGAGGCGGCCAGCUCGAUGCCGAUGGGCCUGGGUGUCAUUGUGUCGAUAUUGGAGUCGAGGCGGAAGAUGGAUGGUCAUAUUUGUGCAGUGGCAGGUUGUGAGGAGGGAAGCGUGGACGAUACGGUAGGAAGGACCUCUGAACAAGUGGGAGGCUUGGAGGAGGUCGAUAUUCUGUCGGUCGAUACGGAGAAGAAUUUCGUUCGGGACCAGCUGGAGUCAUUGAAGAAGUACGAGCAGGAAGGAUUUAGGUUAAGAUGGUCGGAGACCUGA